AUGGCGGAGGCCAAGCUUUCCACGGCGAGGUCCCCGCCCUUCGGUCUGUUUCAGCAAAUCCGCCCACGGGGCCGGGACAGGAAGCCGGAAGGAAGGGCGGGAACUUACCGCUGCCACGGGCGGGGAGAGUCGCUGGGCGUGCGACGUCACCCAGGCUGUGCGCCGGCGGCGGGCGGCGGGCACAAAGCAGGCGCAAGCGGGGCCCUCCAGCCCCCUCCCGUGUCUCAGUUUGCGCGUUCCCCUCCAGCUCCGGUGUCGGCGGGAGGCGCGGCCCCCCCGGAGGGGGCGAUGUCCAAUGGCGUUUACGUCCUCCCGAGCGCCGCCAACGGAGAGGUGAAGCCCGUGGUAUCCAGCACGCCUUUGGUGGACUUCUUGAUGCAGCUGGAGGAUUACACGCCUACGAUUCCAGACGCAGUCACUGGUUACUACCUGAACCGUGCUGGCUUUGAAGCCUCAGACCCACGAAUAAUCCGGCUCAUCUCCUUAGCUGCCCAGAAAUUCAUCUCAGAUAUUGCCAAUGAUGCCCUACAACACUGCAAAAUGAAGGGCACAGCCUCUGGCAGCUCCAGAAGCAAGAGCAAGGACCGCAAGUACACUCUAACCAUGGAGGACUUGACCCCUGCCCUCAGCGAGUAUGGCAUCAAUGUGAAGAAGCCGCAUUACUUCACCUGAGCCACCCUACCCAGAUGUGCUUGUCUGUUCCCAUAUCCCCACACCAGCCUGUUUUCAUAAUAAACUUUAUUGUGACA